AUGGAUUCCAGAUUGUCGAGUUCUCGUUACCCUUUCCAAGAACGCUUCAUCCACCACGCAAACACUUCUUCUCAGGAUAACAACUUGGAUAGGUUUAUUCCAAACCGAUCCGCCAUGGAUUUCGGUUACGCUCACUACAUGCUAACGGAAGGAUGUAAGGAAAAGAAGAAUUCUGUUCCAGAGGUUAUUUCACCUUCUCGGCAACUCUACAGGAAACGUCUCGCUGAAGCGUGUAACCUCAAUCAAAGAACUCGGAUUUUGGCUUUCAAGAACAAGCUCAUACCUAAACAAAUUCUUUCACCACCUCCUCAGUCCAAACCAAAACGAUGCAUUCCUAAGAUAUGUUACAGAAUCUUGGAUCUUCCUGAUAUGAUAGACCACUUUUCCUUUAAUUUACUAGAUUGGGGUACAAGCAAUGUACUCGCAAUUGCUCUUCAAGAUACCGUUCAUCUUUGGGAUGCUAACAAUAGUUCCACUUCAGAACUUGUCACCGUGGGUGAGGAGCAUGGUCAUGUCACAAGUCUUAGCUGGGCUCCCGAUGGUCGCCACUUAGCCAUAGGUUUGAACAGUUCCCAUGUCCAGAUAUGGGAUGUCGCCCUUACUAAAAAGCUAAGGACAUUAAAGGGUGGACAUACAGCAGGAGUUGGUUCCUUGGCUUGGAACAGUCAUAUUCUGACUACAGGGGGAAUGGAUGGUAAAAUAUUAAACAAUGAUGUUAGACUGAGGUCUCACAUUGUUCAAACUUACAGGGGACACACCCAGCAAGUUUGUGGACUCAAGUGGUCACCCUCAAGACAACAAUUGGCGAGUGGUGGAAGCGAUAAUGUUGUCCACAUAUGGGAUAGGUCGGUGGCUUCUUCAAAUUCACCUACUCGCUGGCUUCAUAGGUUUGAGGAACACACAGCUGCUGUGAAGGCACUGGCUUGGUGUCCUUAUCAGGCUAAUCUAUUGGCAUCUGGAGGAGGUGACGGUGAUCAAUGCAUUAAGAUGUGGAACACACAUACGGGUACCAGGUUGAAAUCGGUUGAUACGGGAUCGCCAGUAUGUUGUGUGUUAUGGAACAAGAACGAGCGUGAGUUUCUUAGCUCACACGGGUUCCCUCAGAACCAGCUUAUCCUUUGGAAGUAUCCUUCCAUGGCAAAGAUGGCGGAGCUCAACGGCCACACCUCAAGGGUGCUAUAUAUGACACAGAGUCCAGAUGGGUGUACCGUGGUAUCUGCAGCAGCAGAUGAGACUCUUAGAUUUUGGAGUGUUUUUCAAGGCCCAGCAACAGACAAAGAUAAUGAACCCUUUGCAAAUUUCAACCUUAUCCGAUAA